ACUACACUUUUUACACUCAGCAUUGCUUUCUCUCUUUUCAGAGCCAGAUAUAUAUCUAUCUCAUUUUAAGUGUAAAAAGUGUAAGCAAGUCGAACAGAGCAACUAUAUCGUCGGUGAUCCUGGUUUAGUCUCCUUUUUACUUGUAUUUGACGAACGAUUCGAGUUUAUAGAAGUGUCAAAAGUAAACUAUUAUUUAUAAAUAUUAUUAAAUAUGACAUUUAUGUUACGAGCUUGUGCUAGUCAAAAGAAACUUGUUAUUAAGGAUUUUAAUAAUUUGAAAUGCCGCAUUUUGUCUUAUGUCAUACACGAUCGCAAUUUUGAGAGAUAUUCCGCAUCACAUAAUAUAAGGUUCUUUCAUAAUAUAAAUUCUUUCUCUCAAGAUCAUCAGAAAACUACUGAAAGAACUGAGAUUUAUUAUGGACCUUUAACCAAACAAAUUAAAUUUCUCAAACUUUUUUCAUUAUUAACCUCUUCCAGUGGCUUAUUGGUUCAGCCAUUUCUUUACUUGAAAGCUGUAGAAAAUGAUAAUGUAGGAGUCGUUUUAGGAUUAUUUGCAUGUAUUGGAUUAUUUGCUAUAACUACUCCUUUAUUAAUACAUAUGAUAACGAAAAAAUAUAUAACACAUUUGUAUUAUAAUGCAAACGAAGAUAUAUACAUUGCAAAUACUUAUAGUUUGUUCGCUCGAACAAAAAAGCUCACAUUUACACCAAACGAUGUAGUAGUACCUGAUGUAGAUGGAAUGUUUACAAAUUGCAUUAUAAAGAAUAUCCCUUUAUUCUUAGAACAAAAAUUUUUCUAUGACUCCAGUCAUUAUAUUCGUAUAAUGGGAUAUGAUAAACCAAUAGAUUUUAAAUUACAUAAUGAUUUUAAUCGAAUAGCCACACUACACUGUAAAGAAGAGAAUCAGAAUGACUGUAAAGAAGAUAAAAAUAAAAAAUAAUUAUAAGAUAGCAUA